AUGCGGCAAUGGGCGUACGCGGACUUGGACUCCACUCCCUCUGGACGUCCCUCCGGCAAGCGACGCACGCGUGCCAGUGGCACCAUGUCGCUGCAGGAGCUCUCGGCGAACACCCUGCAGCUUAUUGUUCGCUCACCAGGGGACGAGGAUGCCCCGCCCGUUCGUUUGUCGCGGCACAUUCCCCAGCGUGAGGGAAUGGACAUGGCCGUGUCAGCCUACAACCUGACCAGCGCCAGCAGCACCACCACGACACUCACCAUGCCUCCUGUCACGACAGCUGCAGGUGGAGUAGGGGUGGGGGGCGGCAGCGGGGGAUUGCCACUUCCACACUCUGCUGUGGCGUCGCACUCUAGUCUACAUUCCGAGUCCUUCGUCUCCGAUGAUUCAUCCUACGUGAUGUCCAUCUACAACGAGGUUCUUGCUGAGCAACUGAGUGAAGAAAACACGCAGAGGCACCGCAAGAUUGGUGGGGAGGUACUGCGGUUUGAUAGCACAGAUGCCAUCCGUAGUCGUGGGCCCCCGUUGAGCUUAGCCAGUAUUGGUGGUGCUGUCGCUAGGGGCUGUGUGUCCUCACGUGGUGAGACUGUUGGAAGAGCAGGGACACGCCACAGUGGGAAAGGCGGAAUCCAUGCACUUGCUAUGUCGCCCUUUACGUCUUCACCAGCCGGCAACACGUUGGUGAAGCGUCUCAAGCCCGGUAAACCUUUGCCCCAGCGGGUACUUUUUACCAACCCAGAACGGGUGCUGGAUGCACCAAAUUUUCCAUUACAUGCCACGCAACUCCUUCAUUGGGGCAGUAAUAACAAACUUGUCAUUGGAUUGAGGAACUCUUUGUAUGGAUGGGACUCCGCGACGGCACAAGCUUCUUUGGUGGUUCAGUUACAGGAUAGUAUGCAUAUUCGUGCUGUACACUGGUUGCAUAAAUGCGCAUGUAUUGCACUUGCACUGGAUGGUGGUGUGACUGCCAUAUAUGACUGCCGCAAUGAAGAAUUUCUGCGAACCGUACGCGUACGGCUUCCCUCGAAGGAAGAAUUUACCUACCUUGCGGUGAACGGGCCCCUUCUCUCCAUUGGCACUAGCACAUCCUGUGGCGGCAUCUACGUCUUCGAUCUUCGUGCCAAACACGCACUCACAACUGUAUACGAAGGCCACACCAGCGGCAUCACGGCUCUGCAUUACUGUACGGAAGAGCCCUUUUACUUAGCUUCCGGUUCUGCAGACGGCUCUGUACGUGUGUGGGACGCCCGGCGCAAUAGCAGCCCUCGCUACGCCUUUGAUCAUGUUCACAGCGGCCCUGUUAAUAGUAUUCUGUGGAAUCCGGACAAACGCAGCAAGAUGUACACCGGAGGGCAGGAUGGCAUGCUUUGUUACGUGGACACACACGCGCCCCUGACAAACGUCCCGCCAAUUCUGCGCGGUGACGAGGAGGGACCGACGACGGGCAGUCACUUCGUCACGCGCGGCAUAAACACCCUGCAUCCUGUCAGCGGCAUCGUGUCCCCGCCUGGUGCUAACGAGUUGGCAACCUCCCACAAUGGGAAAGGGCACAUUCAGGUCCGUCAGGCCAACAAUUUUCACCUCGUCGGCACACUCAACUCACCAAACUGCGAGGCAGGCAUUUUGUGCCCCACACUUGCCCCUGACAUGGAACGCAUUUGCGCUGCGCAGGGAGAGACCCUAAAGUUCUGGCGCGUCUUUGCUCCGAACGUCCCGCAACACCGGGCGAAAAGUGCCACGCCACCGCCCGUUUCGCAACUUGAAAAGGAACUUCGAUAG